CUGUCUGUGGUAUCAUAGUCCAAUCUUCAGCGCUUAUGUGUGGCGUACUUGUGUUAUUUUACUUCACACUCUACUUAACAUGAUGUGUGGCAGCAGUUAGGCUAACAACGUAUAAAUAACAGUGUAAAGUGUAAAUCUGAGUUUGUAACAUUUGCUUAUAUUAUAGCUAGCUUCCUAUAGCCUUCCGGGAGAGUUGGCGUUAGCGUUAACGUUAGCAGUGUAGCGUCAGUUCACUGACCCCCGGCUACAUGGCGACUUAGCAACACUGUUUACAUCUCCGUGGCUGGUCGUAAUUUAGCGGGGUUGCUGUUUUUAGCAAAAAUGUCUCAACUUGUCGACUCUGACGAGAACACUCCUUUGCUCGGUGAUGAUGCAAGCAGUGAUGACUCUCAUGAUGAAGAUUACAAGAGUCGGUGGAGGUCUAUCCGAGUCAUGUACUUCACCAUGUUCCUCAGCAGUGUAGGUUUCACUAUUGUCAUCACAUCACUGUGGCCCUAUUUGCAAAAGAUUGAUGAUGGUGCCAAUGCCACCUUCCUGGGAUGGGUUGUGGCGGCCUACAGUGUCAGUCAGAUGGUGGCCUCACCCAUUUUUGGCCUUUGGUCCAACUACCGGCCAUCCAGGGAGCCACUGGUGUGCUCCAUCUUUAUCAACCUGUCAGCCAAUAUCUACUAUGCAUACGCAUACCUGCCCAGAACCAAUAACAAGUUCCACAUGCUCAUGUCAAGAGCCUUUGUGGGCUUUGGAGCAGGUAAUGUUGCUGUGGUGAGGUCCUACGUUGCUGGAGCUACUUCACUGAAGGAGAGGACCAGUGCCAUGGCUAACAUGAGUGCCUGUCAGGCCCUGGGUUUCAUCAUGGGACCAGCUCUGCAGGCUUGCCUGUCAGUCAUUGGUGAGAAAGGUGUCACGGUUAAGUUCAUAGACCUGCAGCUCAACAUGUACACUGCUCCUGCUUUCCUGGCUGCAGCUUUUGGCAUCAUCAACAUCCUGCUGGUUCUAUUGGUGCUAAGAGAGCACCGUGUUGAUGACCACGGAAGACAAAUACGAGCCAUCAACUACACAUCAGAAGAUAGAGUUGACAUUAGUGAAGAAACUGAGGAGACCAUCGAUCAGGUAGCGGUCCUGACUUCCAACAUCCUCUUCUUCGUCGUCAUGUUCAUCUUUGCUGUCUUUGAGACAAUUGCCACUCCUUUGUCCAUGGACAUGUUCGCUUGGACAAGGAAAGAAGCUGUGUUAUACAAUGGCAUCAUCAUCUGCUGUAUUGGAUUUGAAUCCAUAUUGGUGUUUCUGGUUGUAAAGGUGGCCUCUAAAAGGUUCGGGGAUCGUCCCGUGUUGCUUGCAGGCUUGGCCAUUAUAUUCUGUGGCUUCUUUAUUCUGCUUCCAUGGGGAAAUCAUUACCCUAAAAUCCAGUGGGCAGACCUGAAAAACAACUCUUUGGUCAGUAAGAUGAUUGAAACUACUGUAGCCCCCAACAGCUCUUUGGAGCCAACAGGCUGCCCAUUUGAACAGACCUGGUGCCAGUAUACUCCUGCCAUCCACCUGGCCCAGUACAUCUCAUCUGACAUCCUUAUCGGGGUGGGAUACCCAGCCUGUAAUGUCAUGUCCUACACACUGUAUUCCAAAAUCCUCGGACCCAAACCUCAGGGUGUGUACAUGGGGUGGUUGACAGCCUCAGGGAGCGGGGCACGGACAUUGGGCCCAGUCUUUGUAUCCCAGGUCUAUACCAUCCUGGGACCCCGCUGGGCCUUCAGUCUCAUCUGUGGUAUGGUGGUAGGAGCCAUCAUCCUCCUCAGCUCUCUUUACCACAGGCUCAUCGCCUUUGCUGUGCGCUAUGGGAGGAUUGCGGAAUAACAAGUCAAGAUUCCCGCUGGAGAGGCUGAUGGUAGUUUUCUGCUUUUAUUCUCAAAGACUUCAAGCCAAAAUCCAGGCUAUAAUGCCAGGUCUGUUGAUGUUACUUUAACAUGUGGUAACCGAUAAGCCUUUGAGAAUUUGUGACUCAGGGUUGACCUUUAAACUCAAGUCGAAGAGAUGAGGUCAGGAUAUUUCUAAUAAGUUGACCAAGGAAGGCUGCUUUGUGUGUUAAAAGGGAGCUAGCACUGCAGCUGCUCUUUAACUUGCUUGUUGUGAAAGAAGCCAUGUGAUGCCUUUUCAGAAUCUUAUGAAAUAUGAGGUGGGUCUGUGAUACUGAAUUGAUGAUAGUUUUAAUCAAUGAGUUACUAAAUACAUGCAUUUGUUACUGAAAGCUCAAGUUUUAUGAAAUUGCAUAGUUGGUUUCAAACACACAUUAUAACAUUUUUUUUUAAAAACAGACUGCUUUAACAAAAAGUUUGUAAGAUCUGAGAAGGUUUCCAGAAUGUCUUUGCAUUAAAUUAUAACUUUGAUUUGUGAAAUCUACAGGUACAUGGUCUAUGCAUAGCAUACAACCACGACUUGAAAAUACAGUCCAUCAAAUUGUUUGAUAUUUAACUUUUACUGACCUACAAUGUACUGGCUGCUGAAUAAUGAUUGAUUCAUUGGGUUUGACAUUCCCUCUGCUUUAUUUACUGAUUGAACGUCUUUGAAAUUGUUAUUUUGCUGUUUGAGUGGAAAUUUUGUGAGACAUCAGUAUUACUGUGCGAUGAUUGUUGUUGUGCAUGAAAUGGGAUUCUUGAGAGACGCAAACCACACAUAUGGGACUAAGAUGAAAAUUUACAGUGAAACGUGUCCACAUUCAGCUGUUUUACCUCUAAUGGAAGAUAUUGAUGUUUUUAAAAUAUUUUUUAUUAUUUUUGUUAAUGGCUCCACUUGUGGUUAUUUGAAACAACAGGUUGUCUCCCUGAAAAAAUUCAGAAAAUGAUGUAUGAAUGUGUGUAUGCUAAUGACUUACAGAAUGACAUAUAAAGAAUGUGAU